ACAGCCAAGACCGCAGCAGAAACAAGACAGAGGAGCAAUACGGUUCAAUACGACUACAGCACGAUGGGAACCUGUACAAGUAUUGGAAAAUGUAUGCUGAUACUGCUCAAUGUUAUUUUUGUGAUUAUCUCAAUGGGUCUGCUUGCUGUGGGGGUGAUCCUGAAGUUCUUCCCGGGGCUACUCAUGUCAUUCCUGAUGGCCGGAAUCUCCUCGGUGUCUGGAUUUAGCAAACCCGGAAGUGCAAACAACUUGACCUCCAUUCCACUCAUCGAUGACCUGGGCCUGGCACUUAUUGUCUUUGGAGCAGUUCUGUUCCUGAUUUCCUUCUUUGCUUGCUGCGGAGCCUGUUGUAUGUGUAGGCCGUUUCUCAUCCUGUUUGUGGUGUUCAUGAUGGUGGUCAUCAUCAGCCUGGCGACGUUGGGAGGGCUGUUCCUGGCAAAGACGUCCACUCUGCACAGUUCAAUCAGAGGCUCUCUCAAGACGAAGGUUCGGAACGAGUACAAAGGACCAGAAAACGACGACAUCUUCUCCCUCAUCAUUAACGUCAUCUCCUACGGCUUCAAGUGUUGCGCCAUCAGCGGCCCAGACGACUUCGACCCCAAAGCUUCUUGGAGGACCUACACCUACAACGGUGCCACCGUCACUGUCGACGUGUCCCCGGCCUGCUGCAAGCCAGAAGUCCUCAAGACCGACACUACUCUAGAGUGUGCCAAGAAGGAUGGUUUUGGGGUAUAUGACUCCAUGAAGACUAACACACAGGGCUGCUAUGAUAAGAUCCUGGAGGAAGUGGAGAAGAACAAGCUGUACGCCAUAUUGGGCCUGGUCGGCCUCCUGCUGCUCCUGCUGCUGGAAGUUAUUUUCGCCAUCGUCCUUAUCAAAGACAUCAGCGACAAGGCCAAAGUGGGCCCCGUUUAACCAGCCGCCUUGCAGUGUUGAUGAAGUUCAGGCCUGCAGCUGAACAAACAGAGAUUUUAUGAAUGCUUGCAAUUGAUUUCGAUUUCGCUUUACUGACAUUUGUGAUUUUGUGUUGUGUUCAUCGAUAACUGCAGUCACAUUUUAUUCGUAUUUUGAGAGAAGCUGGUCAUUGUUACAAAGGCUUGGCCUUAGAGACCGUUUACUCACAUAUUUAGAAAUUAUAGAACUUGCGGUUACCAUUACUAAUCAAAUAUCUCUGUA